AUGAAAACUGGAUACGGGUUAAAUACUGCGGAUUCACUCGGAUACUUGGGGUAUGGCUCAAAGCCAUACUCUUCACUCACCUACCUCGGCAGCAAAGGAUACAGUUCCUCAUCCGCGGGAUUGCGGUCAAAGAGUGCAUUCGACAAGGAUGUCAUACUGUCCAAAGCGAAGAAACCAAAGCUAAGGAAAACGUCCACCGAAAAAAUUGACACACCGCUCUACAAGAAAAAAACGUUCGAUUUCACCGAUUACGCGUACCGCGAGGCUGUGAACCGUUUGAAGUUCCUACUGACCGAAGCCUACGAACCGACCAAGGCAGCCACCUCCUUUUACUAUCGCAGCGUUGACGAUGGUAAAUCGGAAGUGUCCGACAGCCAAUCGGUUGUGGAACGACCCUCCAUAACGGAGGUGUCCAAAUACUUUCCAUCGACCGCCGUUGCCCGGUACGGAAGCACGCUCGGUCGUAGAUACAGCUUUCUGAACAAGGAUGCUGCCGUUGGGCCACUGAAACCGGCCCUUUCCAAUACUAGCUUGCAUCCAGUUCCAUCUACAGUGCAUCCCUCACAGAGCCUUGAGGUAGCGCAACCUCCGCCAGAACUUUUGGGAUUUAUUGAAAAACAAGAAAGCUACAUUGAGCAGCUGGAACGUGAAUCGCAAUACUGCAGGGAAGAGCUUUCAACCCUACUGAAGAAGGUGAAGGAGGUAGUCACGGAGAACGAAGCUCUCACCGAUCGGUCCCGAUCCAAGGCUUUAUAUCAGCUCGAUUCAUCCGAAAGCGAGGAUGUGGAUUAUGCGGACCGUGGAAAGGGUAAGGGACCACUGUCCGGUCCGAGCAUUGUUUUCGAGUCACGUAUCAGCGAGCUCGAGGCCCAGCUGGCACAGUCACAGAUCGAUCUAAAGAAGCUGUUCAAUGAGAAUGAGGAGAACAAGCGCAAACUGUUGCACGGUGCGAGUGACGGAGGAAACGCCGAUGCCUACCGGAAGCAGGUGGAGAAUCUUCAGCGCGACAAACAAAACCUAGAAGAAACGGUCCGCAAGCUGCAGCUUUCGAUCGACCAGCUGAAGGAUACGGAGGCGUGCAAUUUCAGCAAAUCGCAACGCAGCCGUGACAUGAUCGAGCAGGUAGCUUUCGAGCGCAAUCAGGCCGAGAUUGAAAUUCGCCGCUUGAAGGAUGAACUUGAACGUCAGCACGAGCGUGUGCGCGAAGUGCAGCACGAGAUGGCUAAACGAAUUGCGGACGAGCGUGCCAGUGCCGAGCGGCGCUAUACCUACCACGUGGAUCAACUGGGUGGAGACCUUAGCAGCCAGUGGGAACACGCGACCAAGCUGCAGCUGGAGGUGGAACGUAUGAAGCGCAUCGAGUCUGACUACAAGCGAGAGCUGAAUCAAAAAAACUCCCAGAUCGAUGAGCUAAAGAUGGAGCUGAAGAACAAGUCGGCCAUCUUUAUGUCCGAUCUGAACCAAGCGUGCGCAGAAAAGCAGUCGCUCGAGCAGGAGAUUACUUCGCUGAGGCUCCAACUGGAGCGUGCCGAACGUCAAUCAAAGGUGGAGGUGUCGCGCCUGAAUGCUGAAAUUACGUCCCUCCGUCAGCGGCUCGAUCGUGCCGAUGCUGACUUGCUACACUCGAAGCGAGAAAACCUUAAACUUGCCGAUGAUGUAGCGUCGUUGGAGAAGGAACUAACCCUUGGAGAGCUCAACAGAGAGACUCGACCCUCCAAAGAGCUGGCAAAAAUCAUAUCCGACAUGGAGGCUAAACACACCAACACCGUUUCCGAACUCGAGGGCAUGAUACAAGAUCAAAAACAGCUCAUGGAAAAACUAACUGCAGAAUGCAAAAGCUUGACGCAUAAGUUAGAGGACACCACACAGAAGCAUAAAGAGGAAAAGCGGGAACUGCGCCAAACGAAUUCCGAACUGAUGGAACGGUUGAAGCAAAUCUGGCAUAACUAUAAACAGAUCAGUCCCGCAUUUCGGAAGUCUAGUGUGGCGAGUUCCGGUGGCGAUCUUCGCGAACCGGUGAACGACGAUUCCGCGAUGGCCCAACACGAUCAGCCAUUAACUCCGGAUCACGCCCCGGAAGUACUGCCGCACGCUACGCCCCACAGACAGGCGGCAACGGUAGAACUGUGCCACCCAGCUCGGACACCUUCGAUGAUGCGGCAACCGGCGGAGGUGUUGGAACUGGACGACAGUACGGAAAUACUGGUGGUAAAUCAUCCCGACCAGAGUCGCGUACAUCCGAUCGACAGCAGUACGCCCAACCGAAACAACCGCCCGAACUGUCGCGAAACAAUUCCGUCGCCGACUACGUUGACCCCAAGCGCAGCGAGUCCCGGCUAUCGCGCUCCUCGGUCACCAACGAAGAUGGAGUGCGGUCCGGAGGUGUUUCAAAGGAGUCGGAGUAUGGACGUACUGUGGAACCGGAGCGUCUGUCACGAACCAGCGAUUCCACUAAACCGGACAGCGCCGGAGGUGGUGCAACAUCGGGAAGCAGUGGAAGAUUGUCGCGCGAAUCCGUGGCUGAUCAGAGAGCCUCAAGGCAAUCGAUGCAGUCGUUGGCAGGAUCCCAGCAAUAUGGUACAGCACAAGACGCCAUUGAUCCUGCCACAGCACAAUACACCGCCCAGCAACAACAGUACGGAGAGUUCGCAUAUCAAUCGGGAGAACAGCAACAGUACUCGGCGCUGGACGAUCAAUCUACAGUCGGAUAUGAUCCCUCGCAACAGCAGUACACCGAUCAGCAGCAGUACGAAGGGUAUGCAGAACAGUAUGACCAACAGCAGCAACAGGUCUAUGACCAGCAGCAGUACCAGGGCUAUCAACAGUCAUAUGAUGCACAGCAGUACGCCCCUGAGCAAGUUUAUGAUGAAUCCAGCUACGCCACCGGAACCGGCACACUCCAACAACCUGUUGCACCAGCACCAGCAGCAUCAAAUCCAGCACCACCACCUACAGCCACCACAGCACCAGUCGCCGCACAAUCGCCCACUCAAGUAUCUGCCCCCGCAGCCCCAUCCGCAUCAUCCGCCGCCGCGCCAGUACCACCAACAGCAGCAGCAACAGCACCGGCCCCAUCCACAACUGGAGCCAGCAAACAGCAAUCAGGAAAGUCAGCAGUCUCAGUGGAACAGAAGGAAGGUAACCGAGCUGUGGGGAAUACGCGUUCCGGUGCAUCAUCCCGGGCAGGAGCUAACGGACAGCGAUACAAACAACCAUCCGGUGCGGGACGAUAAGCAACCAACAUCAGGGCAUCCCUGCUGCCGAAACAGCUUACCUCGACAGCAACUUCCGAAAACUUGCGAGUUCCAACCGAUCGAUAGCUAUCCCAAGCUGACCAUCAGUAGCCCGAGCCUGUUCGGCAGCAGUCCCGAUGUGAGCCAAACACCGUCACCGACAUCGACCGUGCUCAAGAACUAUGAUGCGGCCAGUCCUAACCCGAUAUGA